UACAAAACAACAUGCUGCUGGGUUGGUGUGUCGGAAAGGAUUGCGAUAUCGUUGUUUUGCGCAAAGUAAACUCCCCUUGACAAUAUUCGAAGCGAACAUGGGUGUCCGAGGUUUGACAACUUACAUCGGUACGAAUGCAGAGCGCUAUCUGGAACCAUUCGAACUACACGAUUGUGAACUGGUAAUCGACGGCGAUAACCUGUGCAUGCAGCUUUUUGUCCGUUCGGAAGACAGGACGGGAGCCUUCGGUGGGAACUAUGACCACUACUUCCGCGCUGUGGUAGCAUUUUUCGAAUUGCUUUCCAAGUGUAACGUGAAACCGUUUGUGCUUCUGGACGGCGGUUAUGAAAAGAGCAAACUAAAAACCGUCUGCGAACGUUUCCUGGGAAGGAUUCAGGUUAUCAAGCAUGUGAAAGCCGUUUCCAGUCGACCGAUUAUUCCGUUGUUGAUUCGGGAAGUUUUUGUGGAUGCGCUGCGAGCGUCGAAAGUUCCUAUCAUGCGGUGUCUUUUUGAAGCGGACAACGAGAUUGCAGUUUUGGCUAGGAAGCUCGAUUGUCCUGUACUGAGCUACGAUAGCGAUUUCUAUAUACACAAUGUUAAAUAUAUACCGUACGUAACGGUGACACAUAAGAUCUAUCGAAAAGUUAUAGAGAAUGACCAGCAUUAUGCGAUUGAGUUGGUGGAUCGUAGGAACAAACGUAAGCAUCGAGUUCUGGCCAAACAGGGCGAAGGUGAGAUCCAAAUUGAUCUUAUUAAAGAGUCGUACUGCUAUCUGGACUGCAGUCUGUACACAAUCGAAAGUUUGAUCGGUCCUAGUGAACGCCUCAAACCGGAAAUGCUACCAUUGUUCGCCGCUCUGCUUGGCAAUGAUUAUAUCGAAAGGCGCGUUCUAACAAGAUUCUACGCUUCAAUGAGGGUAGGUAAAAUUAGCCGAAAGGUAGCUCCACAACAACGAUGGAUUGAGGCGAUACUGAAGUGGCUGCAGCAUCAUUCGGUAAAGUCAGCCACUACAGCCGUACUCGGUCAGGUGCGGGAGAAGCGUCGUGAAGGUUUGACACGACAGUUACGAGGGGCGAUGUACGGGUAUAACUGCGAAGAGUGCAGCUCGUAUGAGUACUUUGGAUUUGAGGAGCAACAGGAGGAGAUAGCUGGUUGUGCUUCUGAGAAGUUUUUGGAGUACCUGGAAACGCCCGAAGUAGAUAAUCUUUUGGAGAGUGAUUUGGUCGAUGAGAUAAAUUCAAGCAACGACGAGGAAAAUUCCGACGAGGUAGACGAAAUAUCUUCCGGAGAAGAACGAGAAGAAAAUGAACCUGAUGAUAAACUCAUCAGCUAUACCUCAUUCAAAUGGGAUCCUUGGUUACGGGAAAUUUAUCAUGCAGCUCUAACUCCUCGUUUCGUGAUGGACCUUUAUUAUUCUAGUCAGUACAUAAAUUAUCCGCAGGUUGAGGAUAUCAGUAGACCAGAUAGCAAUUCUAUUUGCUAUGAGGUCUUAAAAUACAUUUUUGCUUUGUUGAAAAGUACAAAGAAUGGUAAAAAUUUUCGGUAUUUAACCCGGGUCGAAAAAAUGGCAAAAUAUCAAUGGAUUAAAUUCGAGAACAUUGUGUUACCUGAAGCUGUUACCUACGAUCCAGACCAAGAAAAAAAUAUGCCAUUGUUCAGGAUAGCAUUUGAAAACUUUUCUCACUGUGAUGAUAUAUUCACUACGGUUGACCAGCUACCAGCUAAUCUUCAGCUGUACUUUGUAUGCCUGGCAUUUUGGGCUGCCAAGAGCAGCGAUGUAACCUGUGUUCACAUUCAUACCGUGAUUUUAUGCAUAAUUCAGCUGCAAAUGGUGGACAAACAUUUGACGAACAGAUCACGAGACCUUAAAGUGUUUCAAACUAAUUUGAAAUCUUAUCUGGAAGCCCAGAAGAAAUCCGUACAAAAAGUAAUGAUAUCCGACCAGCAGACGGAACUAGUAGCGAAGUGUGCAGUAAAAAAGCUGGCCUCGUCGGUAACCAAGUCAGAAGCGACUCUGACCUAUGAGAUUUUGUUGCCCCACUUUUCCAUCCCCGAGCGUUAUCAGCGGAAACAUACAGAAUUUAAUCGUCAAGUCGCUCACACUUUUGCUGAGCUGCAAGCUGUUGCACUGAAUCUAUUUACACUGAACGCUCUACUGCGACACCCUUUUGAACCGCUUCGGAUACAUGAACUGUACAAUGGAAUAUUUCUUCACAACGUUUACCAAUCGCUAAAAUCACGAACCGAUCCAAUGGCGUACGUUAGAGGAACCAUCUUUCGAUAUUCCGGUACGUUGUUUGCCAUUCAUCAGGCGUUGUACCAGUGUGUACUUAAGCUGGCACCACAGGUGGAAGCAAAGAAAGGUGUAGCUUGCACUAAAACCAAAGUCAAGAAAAACAGCAAGAGUACAGGCGAGAAAGAUGGUAGACGGCAGCAGAGGAUAUUGGAUAAUGAUUGUGUGGAGCGAGAGGAAUGUAAUGAAAACACGAACGACAGCGAGCAGGAUGAAUUCGAGGAUUUGAACAAUCAGUUCAGUCAGUUGUUACGGGUUAGAAGAUAACGAGCGGGUCCAUUCGAGAUGGAACCCUAUGAUAUGAAUAAAAUGCUGCAUAAUUAUUUUAAUUGUCCGUGUAUAUAGAAAAUCUGUACAUCACAAAAUGUUGCAGCCAGAUAAAAGAAAAUUUGGGAAAUCUCCUUUUUCAUUACAUUGUUACGAAAUAGUUUAAUUUAUAAAUGCAUCAAAUGAAGGAACGAUUUAGUUCUGAAGAAUGGUAUACGUCAAUGUCAACUAUAGGCAACCGAAAUGUAAGUACCCUAUUCCUUUCUCUACGCAAUUUAUUGGAUACGAACCAUCAUUGAAACUAUUGGUUGCGGGAAUAUUUGAUUUGGAUAAAGUUUUCAGUCACUCACAUAUGAUUAUUCCAUACCAAUUGCUGUAUGUUGAAAUUGUGGGUGAAUGGAGUACAAUUAGUUUAGUUAUGUAAGGUAUGCAAACUAGGCUCGAUGGAGCUAUCCAAGUCAGUUUUGGAUCACAUACAUUUGGAGCAACAUAAUAUGUUGCUUCAAGCUGGUCUCAACCCCUAUUCGGCAGUUUUCACGCCGCCACCCGCGUUAGGGCUUGGUAAAGCCA